AUGGAGGUGAAAGGACCUGAUGGUGAACAAAUCCAUGACAUUCGUGACAAAACUAGUGAGAAGUUUGAGUUUAUCGCCCACAAGAAGGGGGUCUACAACUUUUGCUUUACCAAUGGGUCCCCGUAUCAUGAAACCAUAAAUUUUGAUGUGCUUGCCGGUCACUAUGGAUAUGUUGACCAUCAUGCAAAAGAUGAGCAUUUGAGAGUGUAUGAACAGAUUAAUAAAUUGGAGGAGGCUCUCUACAACAUACAGUUUGAACAGCACUGGUUGGAGGCUGAGACCGAUCGCCAAGCAAUAAUUAACGAAGGAAUGAGCAAAAGAGCAAUCCAUAAGGCAAUCUUUGAAUCAACAACACUUAUUGGGGCGAGUGUUCUCCAAGUCUAUCUGCUCAAAUGCCUAUUUGAACGUAAGCUUGGGACAUCCAGAGUUUAGUGUUUUGUUGGUGAAUGAAUACCUGUUGCCCCCAAUUUUAGAGCAGCUUCAUAUAGUUCCCACUUUUGUGCUUUUGUCAUUCCUUACUUUUUCCCUUCUUGUUAUAUUGGAAG